AUGGCAUCAUCUUCCCGAAAUAAUACCGACGAUAUGAUGGAUCAACAAUUUGAUGAAAAAUGGGAUGGAUUUUUUGACCAAGCGUUUGAAAAUCUUAUGCGUCAAAGUUGUGCUCCUCAACCUAAACCCAAGAAAAAAAGAGCAUAUAUUGAUAGAGAUCGAGAAGAAGGGCAUAUUCGUUUAUGGAACGACUACUUCAGUGAAGAUGCAAUCUACCCUGAUCAUAUAUUCCGGCGUCGUUUUAGAAUGAACAAUCCCUUGUUCAUGAAUAUUGUUGAUCGCCUCUCCAAUGAAGUUCCUUUCUUUAAACAAAAAAGAGAUGCAACCGGAAGACUCGGACUCUCCGCAUUACAGAAGUCUACUACAGCAAUUCGUAUGAUGGCAUAUGGUUGUGCGGCUGAUGCAGUUGACGAAUACCUCCGCCUAGUUUUUGAUGAUGUAUUACAAGGCAAAGCUCCAAAAGUGAAGUACUUUGUUAACGGGCAUCAGUAUCGUUUGGCGUACUAUCUCACUGAUGGGAUUUACCCAAAAUGGGCUACAUUUGUCCGAUCCUUUACACAUCCAGAAGAUGUUGAGCGUGCUUUUGGAGUCUUGCAAGCUCGUUUUGCUAUUGUCAAAAAUCCAGCUCUUAUUUGGGAUAAGAAUUCACACAAGUAG